UUAUUUUAUUUAUCCACUUUUAGCAACAUCAACCUUGAAUAUCAACAAUUAAGUUUGAGAUGAAAAAUAUUUCCAACGUUUAUUUUUUUCUUUGCUUUUUUUGCUCAAUAAACUCAUUUUUUUGUGACCCUUUCGAAUGCCCUGUAAAGGGUAAAGUGGGCGAAUUAAAAGUUCCAAAUGUUCUCAACAUGAUUGAUAAACAAACUGGUUAUCGUGCUUCUGUUGAAGUCAUUAAUCCAACUCGAAAUAAUUUGGUCCGUGAUUAUUAUGAUGGGAAAAAUAAAGUUGGUUAUAUUGACUUGGAAGCAACCAUUCAAGAUGAAAUGAAUCGACGUUAUUAUUAUCAUUCAACAGAGGAAAAGCUUGCUGUACAAAGCACAUGUACAAGACUGGACUUGACCCGUUACGAGAAAAUCGACUCGGUCAAAGAUUGGUUUGAACCAAAAAAGAUUGUCGCUAGUUCAGAAAUCUUCAAAGAUUUGGUUCAUUUGGGACCAACAGGAUUGAUGGUUUAUGCCAACAGUAUAAGUGAUAAAGCUUCAUUCGUGGGAUCCGAACUGAUUGAAGGUCGUAAUGUUAACCAUUGGUUUUAUUGUUCUGAUCCUGAUGGACCUUACAUUGACUUUUAUUUUGAUGUUAAGACCUCAUUACCCUAUCGGUUCUCGUUGUAUUAUCCUAAAUGGAUUGAGACUCAGGAGGUAAUUUCAGUAAAUGAAACUCGAACAGUUAAAAAGCAAGUUGAUUCCGAGUCAAAAUAUGUUUACAACUUUUAUAUGUUCAAACCUCUGGUCAUACCAUCAAAGGAUCCAAUUCCUUACCCAUUGGGUUAUGGAUGUGCUCGUAAAAAUACUAUUUCAUAUUCUCCAUUACCAGAUUUUAGUAAAGUUGAAGAGUUCACAAUGGACAUGGAAGCUGUCAUUACCUAUUCUGACCGUGACCCUUUCAAAUCAAAUGCUCGAGUAAUGAAACGAGGCGAUGUCAUUUCAUACGAAAUCAAAGAAGAGGAUGUUACAGUUCGUCACAUUGAAAUGGCUCUACCUUUAGGAGGAUUUGAAGUUGAUGAACACACCGGUCAAUGUAGUUAUUUAAAAAUAGAUUAUUGGUCUGAUGUUAAACUGCUGACUCGCUGGCCUUUACAUGGAGAUCAUGACUUCAAUCUACUGGAUUUUCUGGUUAUGAAGCCACCUAAAGCACCAUCUUUUCUUGGUUCGACACAUUUAGGACCUUUUCGUGUGGAAGAAUACAGAGCAAGGGACUUCUUGGGUGGUAAACUUGAUGCCCUUGUCGUCUAUUAUUAUAAUCAGAAUAACAGUGAUUCUGUUCCGAGUAAAGUCAUAUUUACCAGAGAUCUUAACAAUUUUCAUUAUAACUACCACAGCACACUUGCUAAAGUUGAAGUAACCAUAAUUAACUACCAAGACUCAAACAUUGAUUUUGCAGAUAGUUUCGAUGUUUCUGGUUGCUAUAAAGAACCAGGAAGCUAUACUUGGUUUCAACUUCUCUUUUCAAAUCCUUCGAUUAGUGAAUUCAAUAUGCAAGCAAUUAAGCAAUCAACAGAAGAAUACUUGACCACAUUCAUUCCAAUAACUCGUAUUGGUGCGAUUCAUACACAAGAAGUUGGUGUUAACAUAUAUGUUACUGUUAAGCUUUAUGAUCGUGUACACUUCAUCGAUGUUUAUAAGCAAGAUGCUCCAAAAUAUACACUUAUUAAUCCCACAAAUAUUGUAAAAACAUCCAAAGUCGAAGACUGUGAAGCGCUUUGUACUGCAACUGAAAAGUGUGAUACUUUCAGUUUUUGUUCCAAUUCUGAUUGUUUAAUCCAUCAAAGUAAUGAUGGGGAAUCAGCUACAUUAGAGUUCAGAGAUGGCUGCCGUUCACAUCAUUGGUAUAUGGAUAAAUUUGAUGUUAAACCAUUAGUCAAUAAAAAUUAUGUGUCGACUAUGCCACACGUAUUACAACAGAUAAGGAAUAAAGUCUCAUCAGGCGACUUUCGUUUGCAUAGUAGGUUAGUAGCUGAAGAUUUGUUCAUUGUGAGUGGACCUGAAGAGAUUGGUGAUAUUUCUCAGGAACUACAUACAAGUGGUUUCAGACCUUUAAGAGCUGAAGAUUUUCCGAUGAUUGCGACUGAUCGUCAUUUCAAGGAAGCACAAUUGAAGAUCGAGAAAAGUACUCUUCAAGAUUGUUUCAUGGCUUGUUUAAAUGACGAUGACUGUAACACACUUUCAUAUUGUGUUAACCAGAAUAAAGAAUGCAUUCUGAGUGGAGAAACAUCGAGUUCAUUGAAAGACGCAUUUGAAGACAAAACAAGUCAUGCAGAUGGAUGCAACAUCUAUCAAAAAUCCUUCAUAAAUCUAUUCCAUGAGUAUCCUGGAAAGAAUCUAGUUGUAGAUGCUAUCUCAACCGAAUAUGAUGUAUCAAUUGCUGACUGUGCUAGCAAAUGUGCUCAAUCAAGUUCCUUCAAUUGUGAAUCAUUCGAUUACUGUGGAAACAAUAAAAAUCGGAGUCAGUCUCUUUGUUUUUUGCAUGUGCAUCACAUUGUGAUAGAUGAAACUCGUGAAAUAAAUGUAACGAACUGGAAGUUUGCUGAAGCUGGAUGUUCCCAUUAUUCAAAGGAAUCUCAACUCGAUUAUGAACAUAAAGUUGGACUUGCAUUGAAAGAUAACAUGAAAGAAUCAAUUGUUGGAACAUUCGAACAUCUAUCAUUAGAACACUGUGCUUCCAGAUGCAAUUCAGAUCCUGAUUGUUUUACUCUUGAAUAUUGUGAAAUGAUUUCUUUAGAUCAAAUUUCCGAUAGCAGUGUUGCAUUGACGAGUUGUACAUUGACCAAUUUAAAACCAAAUAACGUUAAUCAACCUCAACUAUUUGAAGAAUCAAAUAGCGACACAAAAAUUUGUUCGAUUUACAUCAAUCAUAAGAAAAUUACAGGAAAGAGCAAAACUGAUCCACAUAAAUCUGAACUAUUAACAAUAUCAACGAAAUCAAAUAACUUCGCAUUAGAGAUCGGGUUUGGCGCAAUAGUGUUUAUAUUGGCGUUUGCUGGUGGAUUCAUUGGAUUCAAAUUUGUUAUCAGGAAAGGAUUCAUUUCAUAGACCAACUUCUAACGGGCGUCUAUUCCAAAAUACUAAGAGAAUAGCACUAAAUCCUAUUGAAAUUUCAUUAAAUUAUCAAUAACAAAUGAACGCAACUUUAGAUGUUGAUUAACAACGUAAUUUUUAAUUUUUAACUUUAACUUUAAUUUAUUCUCCAAGGCUUCCAGACCUGAAAAAAUCAUUUAAAAUAUUUAAAAACCUAUAUAAUCUC